GCGAGAUUCCUUUUGCGAUUGAGAGCCUCGAGCAGCUGGCGCAGCAGGUGCUCAGCGACGCCAAGAGCAGGAAGCACGGCUGGAGUUCCGAAGUGGUGCACGCCGUGAAACAGCUGCCGAGCAGUCCUGUGGAGCUCGGGGCGGUGACAGACCUCAUCUGGGAGCGCAUCCUCCUCGAGCAACAACAAAAGACAUGGGCCUUUGGGGCUGUGCUGGGCGUGUCCCUGGUGGCUUCUGUGCUGGUGGGCGCGGUCUCCCUGAUGCUGGCGCCCGCAGGGCUGCUGUGUGACCAAUCGGCUGCGGCCGCCGCGAAGCUCGGCUUUCUCAGCUACCUCACCGGGAAGUACCUCUCGCCGGCCAACUGUAAGGUCGAGUUUGACUGGAAGGAGCCGCAGGUUGUCGGCAACACACUCACCUUCUUCAUCAAGUUCUUCCAGCGCAAUGGGCGCAGCUAUCCAAUUUGCGAUGAGGAUCCACUGCUAGUCGAAAUCGUAGCCGGCAAUGGCGCACACAAGGUGGCGUGCAGCGUCGAGCUGGGUGGCACGGAUCCGAACCUGGCCAAUCAGGCGCGAGUCCAGUUCACGGUGCGCCGCGCCGGUCUCUGCCAUGUAUCGGUCCUCAUUGGCAUGGUGCACGUGCGGGGCUCACCAUUUGUCAAGAACUUCCUUCCUGGCCGGCCGGACCCUCAGAAGACGGGGUUCAUCCACCACAGCUGCACCGUGGUAUGCACCCAGGACGAACCGCACCACCUGUUCCUAGAGCCUAGGGACAAGUACAACAAUGCGUGCCUUGUGGACACCACCACCGACCCCAGCGACGAGUACAGCGUCGACAUCAUCGAGGUCAGCUCCAACAGACCAGUCACAUCCUGCUACCACUGGGAGAGCCAUCCGGAAAACUCGAGAAUCGCACUAGUGCUUACACUCGACAAGGUUGGCUGCUACCAGGUCAACGUCUCGUACCGAGGCACCAGCCUCAGCAAUGGAGACUUCCAUGUCAUUGUGCUUUCAAAAAGCGACGCAGCUUUGGUCAGGAAAAACGUUGCCAAGAAAAGCCACAACAUUUGGUACGAAGCCAAGCUGAUAGCCAUGAACUGUGAGAAGCUGAGCAAGCCCAAGAAGGUGUUUGUCUACAUCUCACCAAAGCAACUCACAAUUAAGGAAUACGUGCUCAGGAUUAUUCCAAAGAGGCUCAUCACAUUCCGACUCUGCCCUAGCACAAAAUUUCAAUUCAAAGGAAGCAACAACCACGAAGGAGAGCCCGUGCUGGUCGUGGACGAUGGCUGCCAGCCGCAAAUCGAAAUGGUCUGUGAGGAACGGGACGUCAUCGCGGCCACCUUCACUCAGUUCCUGCUUAAGAAUAUCGGUGGAUCGGAGACCUUCAAAGACAAGCUGGAGUUUUUCCACUACGAAGUGCGGAAACUGCACCAGAAGCACUACCACGAUAAGCUCCAGCUGAAGGUGUCGCGAGACAAGAUUCUGGACUCCUCAAUGAAGGCAACCAAGAACUUCAGUACGAGCGAUUGGUGCAAGAGCUUUGAGAUAACCUUUAUGGGAGAACAAGGUUUGGACUGGGGUGGGCUUCGUCGAGAGUGGUUUGAGAUCCUCUGCUCUGCACUCUUCGACCCUGAAAACCAGCUCUUUCACCGGUUCAAGAAUGACAAGCAGGGCUUGGUUCACCCAAAUCCACGGAGACCUGCUCACUUGAAGUUGAAGCACUACGAGUACGCGGGCCGCAUUGUCAGCAAGUGCCUUUACGAGUCCUCGCUAGGCAGUGGAUACAGGCAGCUAGUCAGGGCUCGCUUCUCCAGGUCAUUCCUUGCUCAGCUCAUCGGACUCAGGGUUCAUUACAAGUACUUUGAACAAGAUGAUCCGGACUUGUACGUGACCAAGAUAAAGUACAUUCUGGAGAACGAUGUGGACGACAUGGAGCUGUACUUCUCCGAAGAAGAGUACACCAGCUCUGGGCAGCUCCUGAAGACAACCGAGCUCAUUCCCGGUGGCUCGAAGAUUCGUGUCACCAACCAGAACAAACUGAUGUACCUCGACGCGCUGGCGCAGUACCGGCUAGCCACCAGCGUCCGCGAGGAAGUGGAAUACUUCCUUAAGGGUCUCAACGAGUUGAUCCCGGAGAACCUGCUCUGCAUUUUUGACGAGAAUGAGCUUGAGCUGUUGAUGUGCGGCACCGGCCAGUUCAGCAUAGCCGACUUCAAAGCCAAUCACACAGUCAGUGGCUUUUCUUUCGAAUUCAGAAAGGUGCUGGACUGGUUCUGGACAGCAGUGUCAAACUUCACAGAGGAGGAGAUGGCACGACUGCUCCAGUUCACCACCGGCUGCUCGCAGCUUCCACCGGGGGGCUUCGCCGAGCUCAACCCGCGGUUUCACCUGAGCGCAGCACCGACUUUUGGUAGUCUGCCCACAGCGCACACAUGUUUCAACCAGCUCUGCCUUCCCGACUACGACUCGUACGAGCAGUUCGAGAGGGCCCUGAGGCUGUCCAUUAACGAAGGCACCGAAGGCUUUGGCAUGAUCUGAAGUGGCAUUCUGUGUCUCAACCCCCAAACCUAUCGCAACCCCCAAGAGACUUCAAUGCACGUGUGUGCGUUACCGGUUGUGAAUGGCGCUACGACUUCGCCGACAGACGGCGUCGCGGGAAUCGUCGUGGUUGGUGCUACGAGAGAAAGAAGGCCCGCGGAAUUUUCGAUGCCAAGUGUUGUUCCAACAGCCGAGAAAAAGACAAAUUUCCGUUUCCACAUUUCUGGUGAAAAUGGAUGUUUUCCGGUAUUCGGUGACGAGACUUCGUGUGCUGUUAUUUUUUUUCUGGCCGGCGCAUCAACGAAAUGGACACCUGCUGCGAUGUGCCUUGGUGCUUUCACGUGCCACACUUGUAAGCAUCUCCCGCGUACAAUUUUUGUUUCCUUUGUUCUUGUCAUUUACGUCUUACGCGAGCCAUCGUUGACGUGUCAAAAUAUGCAACGCACAUGACAGCAGCUAGCUUUAUCGCUACGAUGCGUUUGUCGCUGCUACGAGUCAGUACUUCAACUCACUGCGUCCAUGCAGUGUAACGUGUCUUUCUGGAGUGGUUUCGCCAGUGUCACGUGUCCUGUUGGCACUUGCCAGGAAAUGGCACGAGUGUACCAUAUUUUUUUCUUAUUGAAGCAGCAUUUAGAGAGUUCUCUAUGACAUUCUGUAGCUUCGUUGUGUACUUAAGAAUGUAAUUCAUUCCUCGAACACUCGCCAUAGCUAGAAUUUUCAUUGAAGCUGACAUUAGCAAGAUAACUUUAAACAAGCAUUGUGAAAGCGCGCCGUACUCCCUAGCUCCAAUACCUGCCAGGCCUUAUGGCAUGCUGAAUGCAAAUCUUUCAAAGUUACUAUCGACUCUAUACAAAGUAGUCUUACUGCUUUCCACCAACUUUAUUAGGCCUCUCAAAAGGCACACCAUCGCAUGGGAGGCAAUGGCUUGGCGAGUUGUUGUGGUGUCGCGCUGGACGUGGCCGAGUUAUUUCUUUGUAACAAGCCUUUCCACUCUCUCAUUUCUCCCACAUUUUUUCUCGUUAUACAGUCGACUCAUGAUAAUUCGAAGCUCAGACUAUUAAAAGUUACGUAAAUUUCGAAGUCAAAAGGGUGAUCACCGCAAGCGUAUGCAUUUUUGAAGCCAAAUUAUUCAUACUAUGCCUUCGGUAGUUCAAUUUCACUUCUCAAAUGAAGUGUCAGAGUAUUGUGUGAACAGUCAAAAGCAUGUUGAUGUUUUGACAGUUCAGUUUAAUGGUCCACAGUGCAGACACCGGGUGGCGCCACCAACCCAAUCUUCAUGACCACACCUAUUUCAUACAUACGUCAUGGUGCUCCCGUAUCAGUUCCAAUUUCUUUUUGUCCGUUUAAAAUCCGUUUGUAUUUAGCUUUCCAGACCAUCAGCUUACAAUUCGAUUGUGGGAUCACAUUUUGCCUUUAGAUUGCCCAAAGAUCUGCAGUCCGUUGGACCUUCAGUUAUCGUGAUUCGACCGCCGUUUUUUUGUUUGUGUGUGUUUUAUACGUUGACUUCCUUUUGUUGCCUCUUAUAGAGCACACAAUGUAUUUGUUACUCUUGACCCUUCCUGGCGAGAGAGAAGCGAUUGCAUUUCAGCAAGGGUUGGCCAAGUGAAAUUUGGAUGAGGUGUGAGGGCUCGGUUACGUCUUAUCACUCCCACUUAUCUCUGUUUAGCUCUAAUGCGGCACUGCUGACAAAAAAGAAACACUGUGAAACAGUUUUUUUAUUUUUCAUCUAAACAUCUGCACAUAAAACUGGGCCAGUUUGUGUACGAUCACUGAACUUCUAGUAAGCUUGAAAGUCUAGUAACAAGUUUCAGUAUUCAAAUCCACUCUAAAGGCGGGAGCCAAUAGAUGAAAACGCUAUGUACGACCAAAGUUGUAUAAACAGUGAUAUGCUGCCUCAGAUGCUGGCCAAUGUUUCGAAAGGUGGGCCUGUCUUUGUCAAAGGUGCCCUGUUGUCCUUGGCACGUUAGCUUUGAGGGGUUAGUAGUUGAUGUCACGUGGUGUCUCUGUACUCAUCCCCUUUCCACUUGUAGCCGGUUACCUGUUAACAGGUACCAUUACCAACAGUUCCUGUUGGUACUGGAUAUGUGGUACUGGAAACGUCGUUACGAGCAGUUCCUGUUGGUACAUGGAAAUGUGGUACUAGAAACUUCACAUGGUGUUGCUGUACUCAUCUCAGUUCCACUUGUUACCGGUCGCCUGUUAACAGGUACUGUUACCAACAGUUCCUGUUGGCAUUGGAAAUGUGCGCAGUGACACUAUGUGACGUCAACUACUAACCCUUCAAAACUAACAUGCCAAGGAUGACAUGGUGCCUUCUAUCCUGCUGUCAGGAUAACUGUUUUGGGUCCUGCUAUCAAAACAUUGGUUAGCCUGUCUGCAACUUGUACUGAAGAUAUCAGUAUUGGUAACCAGACUUCUUCCACAUCCAAGUUUCGUUUGGUCGAGCCUGACGCAUGUACAUAAUAUCUUAACGAAACUCACGGUAUUCCAUUUUAGACUGCGUUAGGGGGACCACUCAAUCGACUGUAGCCAAUCCAGUUGCCAUGGCGACCUUGCAGCAUUCCUUUUGAUGCAAACAAAAAAAGGAAGUAAUCGCUGUCUAGUCAUGUUUUGUAUGUCACGUUUUGCUGCGAACUUAACCUUCGCUUAGGUAGAUGCACCGCCUUUCUACGUGCGCUCUGCAGUUCCUUUCACAAGAGCCAUAGUUCCUUGUCGACCAUCUUGUAACUCUCGUCACACGAGCGCUUCGUCCCACGAAAUGUACCAACUUGCGUUAGUCCGUUUUGAAUGCAGACAGCCAUAAAAGAUCAAUAAAGAAAACUAAAGUGCAGACGACUUCAAGAAUAUUGUGAAAAUGGCAUGGACGACAAGACAAAAAGAAGUGGACAGACGGCAUGCAUGCCUGCAUUGUGUGCCUUCUGAAUGUUGGUCUGUCAUCUCGUACUUGUAGAAUUUCCUUGCUCACACUUCAACAUUCAACAUUUCUAGCACUGGCUUGAAUCAACAAUAUGUAUUCCCUCAUUUGUUGCCAGUUGUGUACUGACAGUGCCACCUGCAUAAGUGGCGAAAUGUCCAUGUUUUGUUUUUAUUGUUGAGUUAGUCCAGCGAUCAAAACAUUGAGUAUGAAUUCCCCUAGCUUAUGGAACAUUUUUUUUCACAUUAAAAAAAUGUAUUGUAAAGCAGUGUUCCUGAAGCACUGCCUUUGUGGCAUCAUUUUACGGAAGUAGGAAUUGGCUCUGUUUGACCGGAAGCAAUUUCGUGGAUCGCAUCAAGAAUUCCCGAGCUGCACUGAAAGCUUGCCGUUUCCUACACUAAACCGUGGCUGAUCAGAGAAAACUUUUGUGUCGCUUCAAUUUUUGAAAAUUUAUUUGACAGCCCUCGAUGGGCUAAUCACAUUGUAAAACUUCCGUUUACUCAAGAGCACAACAAAUAAACGUCGUCGUUGAACGUGGCCACUUGAGCAAUUCUGUCAGGCAAGGUUAUCGCAGAGUUCAACAAUCCCCUCUUGAAGCUGUUAAUAAAGCAGCCUUAGUGUUCCUACCGCAGCGCUUUUCUCCUCGUUUUUGCCUGAAGAACACUGGACACGUGAAGAACAUAACUUUGAAUAAAAUGUUGGUUGAUCA